CGGGGCGAAGGGCAGGCUGGGAGAGGAGGCGAGUGGCGCCUGCGCGCGUGCGCGGUAGAGAGCUCGCGAGCCGGGUGGCUGUGGCCGGCAGGGCCCCAGCGAUUUGACAGAAAAUGCAGGACCCCAACGCAGACACCGAGUGGAAUGACAUCUUACGCAAAAAAGGCAUCUUGCCUUCAAAGGAAGAUUUGAAAGAUCUGGAGAAGGAGGCAGAAGAAGAGGAGCAGCGGAUCCUCCAGCAGUCCAUUGUGAAAACAUAUGAAGACAUGACUUUGGAAGAACUGGAGGAUAAUGAAGACGAAUUUAAUGAGGAAGACGAACGUGCAAUUGAAAUGUACAGGCAGCAAAGACUGGCUGAGUGGAAAGCAACCCAACUGAAGAAUAAGUUUGGAGAGGUUUUGGAAAUCUCGGGAAAGGAUUAUGUUCAAGAAGUUACCAAAGCUGGUGAGGGCUUGUGGGUCAUCCUGCACCUUUACAAACAAGGGAUUCCCCUCUGUGCCCUGAUAAAUCAGCACUUCAGUGCACUUGCCAGGAAGUUUCCUGAUGUCAAGUUUAUCAAAGCCAUUUCAACCACCUGCAUACCCAAUUACCCUGAUAGGAAUCUGCCCACGAUAUUUGUGUACCUUGAAGGUGACAUCAAAGCUCAGUUUAUCGGACCUCUGGUGUUUGGUGGCAUGAACCUGACUUUGGAUGAGUUGGAGUGGAAGUUGUCUGAGUCUGGAGCCAUCAAGACGAGCCUGGAGGAGAACCCCAAGAAGCCCGUGGAAGACGUGCUGCUGUCCGCGGUGCGGUGCUCCGUCCCCGCCAGGAGGGACAGUGAUUCUGAGGAUGACUGAGGCCGUGGCCCUGGUGACCUGCUGAACUUUCCCGAUGUGAUAUAGCAUGAACUUUUUUUAAAAAAGGAAAAAGUAGGAACGUAUACUGUGGUUUUUUUAGUCUUUUAUAUUACGUUCUGAACCUCACAGAUCUCAGAAAUAAUCAUUGCUGGGAAUCCUUUUAAAUUUCUGGGAACUCUUUUUAAAUUAAUAGUAUUUCCUUAAGAAAAAAAUAAAAGCCAGAUAUUAGUUUGGCA